AUGGAUGAUGACUCGAUGAUGGACUCCAUCUUGGAUGAUGAGGGCAGCUCCGACUUCGUUCCUGAGCCUGCUCCUAAACCUAAGGCCAAGGCGGCUCCGAAGAAAGCGGCCGCGCCCAAGAGGGCCACUCAGACAACUCUCACAGGGAAAUCAGUCGGGAAGGCUGCCGCCUCCAAGAAGCGCGCUAAGCCUGAAAGCGAUGACGAUCUCUCGGAAGAUAAUAUUCUGUCGGACAAUGACUCCAUGCUUUCUCACACACCUCCAAAGAAGCCUAAGAAGGCACCGGCAACUAAAAAAGGAGGCUCCAAACCCCUCGCGGAUGUUGAGAAUGAAUCAUUCACAAUGGACGGCGCAGACGAACCGACAAAGGACACCAACGCAUCAGAGAAGUACCAGAAGGCAGCUUACACAACUUGA